GCUGUUUGUGCACAAACUGAUUUUAAAAGUUUCCAAAUCACAUAGUAUGCUUAUCGCCUAAUUUAAAAUAGAUCUAGCCGAUUCAUUAAUAAUUAAUCAACAGUGAUGGACCAUAGAUGCUAUAGGCUGCUUUUAUUAGGCGCCGCAGUUCGUCUCUACCUAAGUUUUACUUCUUUAGCGUCGCUUAUCGGCAAUCGCGUUGAGUUUGCAACUCCGCUAAACUCUUACAAGCGAAUGCAGGAGGGUGUAUUUUUGCUUAAGCAAGGCAUUGACCCAUAUCGAGGGGAUCUUGUCCAUGAGACGCCACUACUUCUGAAGGCAUUGUCCAAUAUUCUCAUAAACUAUGGAGAAUGGCUACCCUUGAUCUAUAUUAUACUGGACAUAUUCACUGCUGCCCUGCUUUAUCUGACAAGCAAGAGAUUCGUAGAACAGAAAUUGGAAGAGCAGCGUAUAGAGCAAAGUAGUUACGCAAAUGAUACAAAGGAGCUUCAGUACAGUAACAUUGAUAGAGGCGACAUAUCCCUGAUGGUCCUACUGGCUUAUCUAUUUAAUCCACUCACUGUUAUGAGCUGCAUCGGCUUGACUUCAACAGUAAUAAGCAAUUUGUUCUUAGCGAUGUUUCUAUAUGCAAUGAGCAGACGUCAGCUUCUAGUAUGUCUUUUAAUGCUUGCAUUUGAAAGCGUCCGCAGUUUAUAUCCGAUAGUACUUAUUGCACCGCUUUUGUUGCUGUUUGCCCGCCGUUCCAUCAGUUUGGGCAUUAUCAUAUUUAUCAUAUUUGCACUUGCUUGCAUGGCAGUGGCAUGUGCAAACUUUUUUGUCAUGAAUAGCUGGAACUAUCUAGAUGGAACGCUCGGAUUCAUUUUUAAUUUUCGUGACCUGCAGCCCAAUAUAGGACUAUUUUGGUAUUUUUUUACAGAAAUGUUUGAGCAUUUUCGCACUAUGUUCCUGAUCACAUUUCAACUGAAUGCCACCGUCCUCUACUUGGUGCCCCUUUCAAUUAAGCUACGCAAGGAGCCGGUUCUUCUUGCAACAGUGCUAAUAGCACUAAUGUCAGUAUUUCGUGCAUAUCCUAGUCUUGGGGACGUCGGGUUUUACUUAGCCCUAUUACCUCUCUGGCGGCGUUGCUGGAAAUUCAUGGCGCAUGGCUUUGUGGUAUUUACAUUCUUUCUCAUCACCUUAUCGAUGAUGGGGGCUCUGUGGCAUUUGUGGAUUUAUGCUGGUUCAGCAAACGCAAAUUUUUAUUUUGGAGCCACUCUCGGCUUCUGUACGGGACAAAUAUUCCUCAUUACAGACUUACUGUUUGCUCACGUUAAACGUGAAUUUUGCCUACAUAAUGGCCAAAAGAUCAUCAUUAAUGGCAAGGAGGCCCGUAUACUUUUAGAAUAAAUACAAAUCUAAGCACCAUCUUAAUUAUCAACGCCAUAAUAUAUACAAAUUAUGUAAAGU